AAUAUAUUUGCAAUAUACAAUACUGGAAAAUGAAAACUGUGUUUGACAGAAAUUCCAUUUAUUCAGAUCUGUUCAGUUGAGAAAGUCCACACCUGAGCAUGUAAUCUGAAAUGUCAGAGAGUCACCAAUAAUAUGAGGGCUCCUCCCUUCGUUUUCCUCCCUAAUUUGGAACAACCAGUUGCAGCUGUACUGCAGCAGACCUGUCCCUCUGCUGCAGCGCCUUGUGCAUAUGAGCUGCAUGCGAGUACGUGCAUCUGCAGAAAUGCAUGCACCUUCCUAAGCCACAGUCAGCACUAGCAGAGUCUGGGUUCUUUUUGGCCCGUGGGGCAUUCUACGCCCCCCAAAAGUGCCUCUUUCUGGAGCUUGAUAUUUUCACAUUAUGUAGCUAUUGCCAUGUAGCUAAUAUGUUUCAGAUUUGAUCUUUCUUGGAAAGCCUAGUGUUAAAGUAAAGCUCAUUGGUUUUAGCGCUCUUGAAGGAAAAUUAUAAUGGGUUUUUUGUGCAUUGCAAGUUUAAGUCCAUGCUUGCCAGCUGGAUUUCAUUAAACUUUGCAACGCGUUUAUUUCAAGUUAAUUUCAAGCUCUAAUAAGAUACACAAGUUAUCAGCAAAGAAUGUAAACUGCUGGUAAAAUUUCACAGAAUGCCUGUAGAUUCUCCUUGACUUAAACAUGAAAAAUUUGUGCAUGUGGAGUUGUUUCCAUUCAAGUGCAGUAUUCUGCCAUGUUACUGUUGGUGUGUCAGAAAAAACACACUGAUUUGGGAAAGGGAGUGCACUCGUACACUUUGUACUUUUCUGAAACAUGCAUUUUCUUUUCUUUUUUCCUUCAGUAAUCACAAAAAUAUUUUGGUAGAUCAUAUGCAAACAUGAAAUAUACGCCGUAACACUAAUCAAAAGAAGGCAUACCCGACAGAAGCCGUUUAUUUUUUUGUGGGCCAGAGAUCAUAGCGAGUCAAGGAUAGGAACAGAGAAAAUGGUCUGAAAAUGAGAUGGUCAGGACAGGGGCGUGUCUUGUGACUGGCGAAUCAGGUUGUGCAGCGGUAUUGCCUUUAAUAUUUCAGACAAGUUAAAUAAUUGACAGAGCGAGCAGCGAAACUUGUUAAUGCAGCUGUUGCCCCGUUUCACUUUGUACACGACGCGAACCUUGCUCCAGCUGGUCGUUUGUAGACAGAAUAGUGCCUUUGACUUUUUUGCCUUGACCACAGUCCAGCGUGUGUUGUGUGCGAAGAGGGAAAAACCGCACGCCACAGUCCAGUUCAACAUGGGCUGCUUCCACUUAUCGAUACCUCUGGGAUUUUAUUAAGCAUUCCAUGUCUAAAACUUUUUCCAAAAAAGCAUUGAGAGGACAAGAAAGCUAAGUCUACUACCUCAGGAAACCAGAACACAUGAAUCCUUUAUGAACAGCUUGUAAUUGUUGUUGUUGUAAUAAUAAUAAUAAUAAUAAUACAAAAUGAGAUGGUCAGGAAUGGUUGAAUAGUACAUGUUCAUAUAUUACUGAAUUGCAGCUCAAAGUGCUUCACAAUAAAAAUAAAUGCAUGAUAAAUCUGCCAGGGUGUUUGUAAUGAUAAUUAUUAUAAUAAUUAUUGUGCACCUUAGAAUUGAUUAGGCUCGCCUGGAGGUGUUGUUAUCGGCACAUAGCUCAGUGAUCAGGUGAUUCAGUAGUAGUUAAAAUUAUUGGUUUCUAAUAGCUGCUAUAAGCGUUUAGCCUUUUGGAUUUGUACAGUUGCAGUUUUUUUUCCAAUAUCAGGAGUGUGAAUUAUACAGUCCUGCUCCACUCAACCAGCUGCUGUGUCCCUCAUUACAGGUAACCCUGAGGUAAGGGGCGAGACGUGUGGCGCGGUCCGUAGGGCAGCCAACUGGAGCCAUAUGGCCUCCCCCAUGUGGGGAGCAACACCUUAUUAGCUGUGAUCCCUUCUCUGCUUUCUACCUCCUAAAUAAAGCUAAACGUACAAAAGGAGGGCGGACUAUACCUCUCUUCUUAAAAAAAGAAAAAAAAAGAAUGUGGGCUGAGACAUGCUGUGCUUAUCCCUGUGGUAAAACAAGUUCACUUAUCCCUGAGGUAAGGUGUGCUGUAGGUAUACCGGGGGUAAUGCAUGCUGUACUUACCUCAAAGUAAAGCAAGCUGUACUUAACCCCAAGUUUAGGUGUGCUGUACUUAUCCCAGAGGUAAGGUCUCCUGUGCUUAAACCUGCAGUAAUGCAUGGUGUGCUUAUCCAUGAGGCAAUGCAUGCUGUACUUAUUACUGAGGUAAGGCAUGCUGUACUAAACUCUGAGGUAAUACAUUCUGUACUAGAAAUGUAAACCUAUGAUGCUCAGCAAAGGAAGGAAGGUAGUUACCAAGUAGUCGCCUAGGUCCUUUUACUUUAUUUACUUUAUCUCUUAAGAUUAAAAAAAUUGGAACCAAAUGUACAAGGGGUCUAACCAUGUUGAAUAUCACAUUACAAUACAAGAUACAGCUGACUAUUUAAAAUAUAUACAUAUUUGUAAGUAUGGGAUUAUGCAUUAGAAUCAGAUUUGGAGUGUCCCUUUCACUUUUCCAGACUUAAUGGUGUGCAUUGUGGUGGCCCACGCAUACAUGCCCACACUCCCAAUAUAUACAGCCCCAUGUGCGGGUAUUGGGAAAACUGCAUAAAAAGGCACCCUGUACUAUUAGCACAGAAUGACUUACUGCAUCAAAUCGAGAAAAAAAAACCACGAUUUUGGCGGCCCUCCUGCUAGCAAAUGAAAAGGAAGAUUAAAUGGUGCAACACAGUAAAAGUGGAAUGUGAGAAACGUCCAAGGUUCUUUGGAUGAAAGUCAUCUUUGGAUAUUAUAAUGGCAAGAAAAACACACAUGGAAGACAAAGAAAAGGAAAUGGAAGAAUCUAGUGCAGGAAUUCAGAGACCACCAGUAUAAAAAGUAACAAAGUAAUUCAAUCACACAGGACAAGAAAAAAACAAAAGGAAGAAAAAAAAGAAUGAAAAAAAGAUGGGACCAGAGACCUUAACAAUGGAACAAAAGUGUAAUAAAUGAAACUGACGGCCUUUAAAUAGAAAACGCAAAGCAUAUGCAGUGUUUACAUCAGAAAAACGAGCAACCCAGAAAUCAGACCUUGCGUAAUAUACUUACUGCUGGAUCAAAACAAAGUUACCUUGUUUGGUUCUGAAGUAUUAAUUGUACAAAUAUUGGUUUUAAUUGUAAAAAGCAUUGUACAGUACUGCUGCUAAGUCUACGCACACAAUACUGCCAGAGGAAAGAACUGAAUCAUGUCCUUUUGCCAGAACUUGUUGUGACAGCAGUUUGUUCCCAAUUCAAGGGUCCACAGACUAACUCGUUUCCAAUAAUGGAAUGAUAAGGAGUUUUGUUAAAGAUUGUCUAAGUUCUGUUUCCUCAGCCACAGUUACAACUGUUUGGCCUUCAGCUGCUCUAGUUUGUAUUGUAACCCUGAUUCCAGUCGCCGAAACGUCUAGUGCCAAACUGAUGCAGGUGCAUUGUGGUGACUGCAAUAUCCACUGCAAUUGUUUCUGCUGCUACAGUUGAAGCCUUUUUUCAUUUUACUUCACUGUAAUUUACCAUUUUAGCUCAGUGUGUUAAAAUCUAAGGCAGUUUUCUUUAUUAUUCAAGCUUGGAAAAUGCUUUAAAACCUAUUGCAAAUGUGGAAAUUGCAGCUUUUAAUGCUACCAUCCAAAUUGCUAGAUAUGAUUUGAAAUUCCAGCCUUCAGUUAUUGAAUUUACAUUGCCAAUGUGCAUUCCUGCCCUUUUAAUGAUUGCACCUCUUGCUGUUACAGUUCUGUAAAUUGCACUUGCUUCUGCAGAUCCAGUGAUAGUGUUGACUUUAAUGUUCCUUGUGAGUGGUACUCAUGGCUAUUACUUCAUACAGCGUUGGCCACUAUUACGAACUUUUACUGUCGAAAAGUGGAUUGCUUUUUCCUUCAAAGGCUGAUUUUUGAACAGAAGUUGAAGGAAGAACCUUGAACGAUAAAACUAACAGAAACUGAAAAACCUCAAAACAAAUGCAGAAUUUUCGAAACAAUUCUGUUCCCCCUGCUCUUCCUCCAGGGUUUUCUGGAGGGAGUGCUAUAGGUGGGGGAAAUGCCUCCUACCUGUCACAGUCAUCUGCGCCUCAGUGCUCCCCAAGGAUGGCAGAAGAAUAUGCAGUGGUACAACAGCAAACCCAACAAAAUCUUCAGAGACCAAACCAGCACCCGCACCAGCUAGUGGCCCACCACCCCACUCACGCGUCCCACAUUCUGGGUUAUGGAGGUAGAAAUAGAGGAAGUGGGACUGGUGAAGCAUUACACAGCCAUGCUAACAGUGGUGGUAGUACCAUCAGUAACAACCCUUACCGAAAAGAAAUGUUGGAUCAUUACUUUUCAAUGAGUGGAAAAGACAGACACAGGAGAGGAGGCCAAGGAUUGGGAUAUGGGCUAGGUUUUGGAUACCCAAAUAUGGAUGGACACAUGCCUCAUCAGUACCGACAUGCAGGAACAGGAUCUUCUGGGAUGAUGGCUCACUAUCAGUUAGACUACAGCGCUGCAGCUGGAUCUGGUGGUAGCAGCAACAGCGGUAGCAGCAGUGGCACUGGAGCCUUUUCACCUUCCCACCAGUACAGCUUGAGUCAAAACACCUCAAUCCAAACUGCAGUGGGACCUCCAAUUCACUCACGUCAACAAGCUCAGAAUUACUCUUCCCAGCAAGCUUUGCACCAAGGGCAACAGCAACGAAGUUAUCCCGCCUCAGGACACAGGCUGCCCCUUCAGUUCUCCCUGUACUCUUCUCCAAAUACACCUACUGGGACACCAGGGAUGUAUAACUCCCCCCCGCUGAGAUACCAUGGAGGAAGUAACAGUGGUGGUUUUGAAUGUAAAGUGAAUAGUUCAUCUACUGCCAACACUAAUCCUAGCUCUGUUAGUUCAGCUAAUUCAAACAAUACAGGGCCAUUAGAUAGUGCAGGGCAAAGUUACCCAUCUUCUGGUUACUCUCCAUAUCAUUCCCAGCCAUCUCAUUCCCUUCACAAACACCCUGGCCAUCCACAUCGUGGGUCUCAUCAUAAUUUAGCACUGGGUUAUGAUGCCUCUCACAAAAUUCAUUCCUCUAGUCUGCUUCACCAACCCGCUGCUCCAAGUCUGUCUGACCCUGAAAAUCAUGCAACAUCCUCAGCUGUCCCAUCUACUAAUCCCUCUAUGCCACACUUUUCUUCUCAAGAAAUGUCUAAGUCUCCCAUGCACUCUCAAUCCCACCCGCCCCAAGUCCAUCAGAACUUCAGCCCAAUAUCUAAUCCAUCUCCUGCUGCCUCCACAGUCCAGUCACCAAGCUGUUGCUCAUCUCCCUCCCCACUGAUGGGCAUUUCAGAACCAGGAAACUCCAUAGGGCCCACAACACACCCACCAUCACACCCCCCUCUCCAAAAAACACGUAACAGUCAUAGUCACGGUCGGCUGUUACAGACUGUGUCUCAACUUAGUCCAACACCUAACUCUAACAGCAGCAUCAGCAGUUGUGGGAGUAGUAGUGGUAAUGUGAACUCUGCUGGUCUAAAUUCAAGUUCAGGAACGAAUUCUGUAUCCGUUCGAUCUUGUAUGGCCGUGAGAAUAGGUGGUGUACGUGAAGAAAACUCCUCCUCUACCUUAUAUCCUUCUUCCCCUCUUGACAAACUAAUGCCAGAAUCGGCAAUCAACAGUCUAAAUGCUUUGACAUCACAAGUGGCUAAUCUGCCCAAUACUGUGCAACACAUGCUACUGUCUGAUUCCUUGGUGUCACACAAGACUGGGAAAGAUGGUGGAUACCAGGAUCAUAUGAGAGAACAUCUAAUGCAACAGUCAUCACAUGCUUUGCCAACUAGUCAGCAAAGGAGUAGAGGUAUUAGUGAUACUUUUAGUACUAAGGCAGCCAGGGAAGGAAUUGGAACAUUCAGUUGUGAUAUUGCAAACUCUGAAGGUGGAGUGGUUGAUGGUCUUACUGUAGUGCCAGAGAGCCCUGUAAGUGGAAGGGAAGAAGAGCAGUUUUCUGGAGGGGAAGGUGAGAGAGUUAGGCAAAUGAGCGGUGCUAGUAGUAGCUCAGAACCGACUGCCUACUAUCCUGUGUCUCUGAAUCACAGGAACCAGAUCCAAUCACAAACUGAACAGGGUGGUCAGAGUUUGCCUUUGCAGGUAGAAAUGGAAGCAGUGACACAAAAGAACCAAGAUUUGACAUCUCCAAGUGUCUCUCAACCAAGAAAAACUGAACAUGAGGCACAUGGUGGUUUUCCUAAAUCUCCAUCUUCCUCCCCAUCUUCCCAUCCUACCUCUGCACAACCCAGCCCAAAUCUACCUUCUUCCUGCCCAUCUGUAUCUUUGGUUCCAACUUUCUCCUCUCCCUCCCCAUCCCUCAUUUCAACUUUUCACCCCAGUCAUGUUAUGAAGGCUGAUGUUGAUUCUCAAAAUUCUGGUAGAGAGAGGGAAAAGGAAGAAGGGGAAGGUAAAAGUAAGAAAGAAGAGGAAAAUGAAGAGAGAAGAGAAGAAUGGAAACAUAGCAAAGAGACUAAAGUGAACUUUGAGGAAGAAAUAGGCAGAGACAAACAGGGGGGAAAGGAAGAAAUGGAGGUGCAUUCACAGUCCUCCAAAAGAAAACAGGAAGAACAGGAAAACCAGGAGAAGGUUCAAUAUUUAGAAGAUCCCAGGAAAAACAUGAAUACUGAGGAAACGUACAAUACAGGUGUAGGGGUCAUUGUCUCUACACGUUCUGAGAUUCUUCAAUCUGGAACUAUAACAGAACCACAAACUGCCACCUGUGCAGCUCCACAUAGUCUUCGUCAAUCCCACAAUCUUAGAAAUUAUGCAGAAGAGGCUCUCUCACACAGUUCUGCGGGUGAUUCCAAUAAUCUCAGUGGAGAAGAUGGUGAUAGAUUGUGUACUUACUCUGCAAAUCAUGGAACCAAAGUUCCCCUUAAACUAAGCACUGAGCAUUCCUUGUCACCCCCUCCCCCAAGUUCUGAGACACAAAAAGUCCCAUAUCAGUCCUCAGAGCUACACCGUGGGACUGCACUUGAUUUGAAAAACAGAGGGAGAGGAGGAAUGGGAACAAAUGUAAAAUAUCAAGGGUAUCAUCAACCUCAACCCAGUUACAAUUCUGGGAUCAAGAAGGGUCCAGGGGUUGAUGAACUAAGUAGGAGAGGGAAUGGAUUUGAUGCAGGUAGGGGACAGGAACACAAUUCUCAACUUCAGCAACAGUUACAACAGCCAAGUCUGUUGCAAGAAGUUCUGCAAGGUUAUCAUUUGGACAGACGUUAUGCACGUACUGAGAACUCGGCACAAAAGAUCUCAAACGCCUAUUCCCAAUCUCAAAAUACAGCUCACCAGUCCCACUCUAGACAUCCUUAUAUCAUGCCUGAAAGUGCAAGACCCCAUGUUCUAGUCCCAGAAUCUGGGAUUCGAGGGGGCCAUCAUUUGCAUACACACACAGCAGCCUCUGGAAAGCGUCACCCUCCAAACCAGGGCCAGGGGAGUGAACCUGUUGGGAGACAGGAUGCUUCUUCACAUUCCUUGGGUUCUGGAGGAUUAGGAGCAAAAGAAGAACAUUGCAGUGCAGACAAGCACCAGAUUGGAACAUCUGGCAGUCAUUCCACUCCAAACAUGGAGAAGUCUACAGAAUCUUCAUUAAGGCCUCCUCCAAAACACAUUAACUUAGCUGAUUAUUCCCUACCUCACAGGAGACCCUCUUCAAAUCUGUCCGCUCACAGUUCUGCUGUGCAGCAAAUACUACUUCAGGAUACUGAGCCUCUGGCUGGAAUUGGAGUACCUAAAAGCCAAAGUCAGUCUUAUGUGUCAUCUUCAUUAUCCACUAUGUCAUCCUCCGAGCGCCGCUCUGUAAUUUGUGAUGUCUCCCCAUCUUGCCGGACAACACCAGAAAGGGAGAGGGAUGGAGAAGUUGAUCAUGGAAGAAGCCAUCCACAGACAGGGUCUUCUGUAGCCUCUGUGAUUCAGCAAUCACAUUCUACUCACUCUGUAAUGCAAGAACCAGAAAACAGUAAGGCAGAAGAGGCUGAGAACAAGGCAGUGGAUUUAAAGUCAAUUUCCAAGACUACCAAGCAGACCCAAAACCCGACCUCCAAUUCAGGUCAUGUUUCCGCUAAGGAAGCUUCUGUUCAGCACCAGAACCGUUCUCCACGCCCAUCUGUUGACUCAAAUUUUGAUACUCAGCGAUUCUCAAGUGGAAGGAAGGGGGAAAGUAAUUCAAUCAGUAGUACUGCUUGUCAUCCCCAACAAGCUACCCAAAACCUGUCAUCCAAUCCUAGUCCACUGUCUUCACCACCAUCAAGAUGUCAGCCCUACUUUAAAGGUUCAGAUGAAGCUAGUGGUCAUUCUACUGGAUUGGGAAGAUAUGGUCUAGGAGAAACAAGAGUGGGGACCCAAAAAACAAUUUCUUAUCACCCGCAGUACCCUUCCCACCCCCAUCAUAAUGUGUCGUUGCAGGCUCAACUAGAAAAUGCCAAGUCUCCUCUAAAAUUACAAAUGUAUCCCCACUCUCAUUCACUUAAUCAGUCACAUGUACUAGAUGACAGAUGUGAAUGGACAGCUUCAAACAAUAACAGAUCCACUGAAAAUAUCAUGAUGUCGCCUAGAUCAGGCAGGCCUCAACACCAAAGCCCACCAGGGCAGAGAUCUCAUAACAGUUUGCCUGCCACUCCACAUCAUCUUCAGGGGAAUUACUAUGACCCUGUCAAAAUGUGGGGAUUGUCUGAAAGAGAUGGUCUUGGGACAAUGGAAGGUGACAAUUCCCGAAGAAACCAGCUAUCUGCAGCUUCUUCUGGGGCAGUAGCUCUUCCUGCUACUCCAGCAUCUGGCACACGAUGUGUUCAGUCAAACCCCCCAAGGGAAGAGCUGGUCAAAUCAUUGGAUCAAGUGCCAGCAUCCAGUUCCCAUAAUCAGUCUGUCUGUAGUAAUAGUAGCAGCACUGGCAGUACUAAUUUGGGGGUGCAACAGGGUCAUGGACAAAACAGAACAGUUUGUUCUGGGGACACCAACCCACUAAUGAUGAGAAGAAGGGUUCGUUCUUUUAUCUCCCCAAUUCCUGCAAAGAGGCAGCAUCAAGAUUUAUCUCAACAUCAUCAAAGAGGUUCUACUAGUCAGUACCCUUCCCCCUUACCUAACACUGAAUCCAAGAACCAAAAUGAUGCAUCAUCCAGUCCAGAUCCAUCCCACACUAAGAUGGCUGUUGCAAAUGCUCCUUCACCCGGUCAGGGUAAAACUAAAAUUUUGCCGCCUAGGAAAGGCAGAGGCCUUAAGCUGGAAGCAAUUGUGCAGAAAAUUACGCCAAAUGUUAAAAAAACUUCAAAUAAUAACAGUCACACAAAUUCUGCAUCAAAUCAUCCUUCUGGAUUGCCUCAUGCACAUGUCACUGAUUGUAACCCUGAAACACCGGAACAGGACCCUUGUGUUGAGAGCACUUUCCCAAGACUUGGUACUUUGACUGGGAGUUGCUUACCUUAUCUGGGUGAAGGUCUUUCCUUGGAUGAAAUUAUGUACUACAGAGGGGUUGAGGAAACAGGGCCCCUUCCUCCUACUGCCUAUCCAUGUGAUCCCCAUCAAGAUCCACAAAUUCUCAAAAGAGAUGCAACAGGAAACAUUACAAGGGGUGCUAUAGGGGAUUUGGAUCCAGACUUUGGAAUAAACACAUCAAUAUCUCAAAUGACUGAAAAGGAUAGUGUGGUAGAGAGGGGCAAAGAUGAACUUCAGAUAGAUUCUGACCUUUUGGGGCCCUUACCGCCACCCCCUCCAUUACCGCGUCCUGUACAAGCCUCCCCUCCUCCCUCUUCCUCUGCUUUGUCUGAUAUUCAGCAUUUCACAAAUACAUACCAGCAACUGGAGACCCGGAGAGGAGAACAUUCUGCAGCUAACCUACUUAGGCAAAAACUUCAAGAAAGUGGCAUGGGGUUGGGAAUGGAUGACUAUGCAGGGAAUGACUACUUUGGGACCCAACCACCUCACCAUAACCAGAAUAUAGAUGCCUGCCUGCUAACCAGGGCCCCACAUGCAUAUCAGCAACAUCUAAUUCGUUCUGCUAGGGCUGCUUCCUCAUUGGCAGGCUUAUCCCAGUUACCAGAACCUAAGCCUUCUGAGAAUGUAGUACCUAAAGGAUACUUUCCAUCUGGGAAGAAAAAGGGACGACCUGUUGGUAGUGUGAAUAAACAAAAGCGUUCCCAGCCCCAAGCCCACAAUGUGUCUCUUAAUACUCCCACUGUUGAUGUUACUCAAACACCUGCGCAUACGCCUACACAUACACCUGUGCAAAGUGAAUCAGCACUGAUUGUAUCUAGUGCCAGUUCUACAGCCGCAACUUCCGAAAUUUCUCUGCCAACUGAUAACAAAAUCUCUUCUGCCUCAGUUUCUCCUGCUGCAUCUCUGACUGUGAAAACGGAUGUAGAGAGUGAGGAUGUGCAGCCAGAGAUAGAACUGCAAUCUGAUGGACACCUUCGAAGGAAGGGUGAAAGUGUGGAGGGUGAUACAGUGUGGGUAGGCAGCAGACAGAGACGAAGGAGAAGGAGAGGUGUUGGAAUGGUGGGGAAAGAGGAACUGCAAACUGGGACUGGAGUUGGAGGGAAAUUUGGUGUGGGUGGAAGUUUCCCAGAUUACAGAACAUCUGCAUUUGCUCCUUAUAUUCAUGUGGAGAGAAAGGAAGAGGAAAUGGGAGCUUUUUGUACCAUUGUGAAUGCUGAAGAUGAACUGAUGAAGGGAGAAAAUAGUGGAGAAGGAGGGGCCGAUGUAAUUUUAACCUCAACCUCUUCAACUCAAGGAGCCAAAGGAGACAGAGAAAUGGAAAACAUGAGAGAGAAGAAAGAAACCGAACCAGUAGGUUCUGCACUUCUCGAGUCUUGUACAACAGGUAAAGCGCUUCCCUCAUCUGGGUAUGUUCUGUCAGGAGCAGCGAUUACCGAAUCAGACCAUUUUGGCCAACUUCUCUGCUGUCUGUGCAAGAAGUGGGCCAACUACAAAAAUCUUGGAGACCUCUAUGGACCAUACUACCCUCCUGAGUACACUUCUAAACUUCCUAAGAGUCACUCUCAGUCUCGACAGAGCCUCUUGACCAGCAGAGCUGGUAGCAUAGGAGUAUCUGUAGGAACAGUCUCAACAGAGUCAACAAAACAGAACAUUCUACCAUUAGAAGCCGAAACUGCCAAGUCUGUGAUGGAAACUGAGCAUAUAGGAAAUCAAGAUGUAGACUUAGUAUCUGCUGUGGCUAAAGACACUGCAUGUUCAGUGGGCAGCAGGGACAUGCACGCUGUCUCAGACCAUAUCAGCAGUGUUGAUGCUGACAGUGAAGAACCGCAACAGCAGAACUUGAGCCAAGACAUAACCAAUCAAUCAAAACAACAAAGUGAACCUGAGGAAAAACCGGAAUCACAACUGCAGAACCAGCAGUGGCCAGCAGAAGAAAUGCACCAAAGGCCACAGCACAGAAAACUGACCUCCCACCCACGAUUCAAAAGGCGACACAAAUCCAAUGAGGAUUUACCAAAAUCUGCACCCAUGAACAACAAAGCGUUGCUGCCUUUUCAGCCUCCACCACAGCCACUUAACCAGGACACCUCUGAGCCUCUCGCCCAAUUAGCCCAGCUUCCUCAGGUUCCCCUGGACCCAGAGGAAUUGUGGGUGCAUGAGGGUUGUAUAGUCUGGGCCAGUGGGGUUUACCUGGUCAACGGAAGGCUGUAUGGCCUAAAGGAGGCCCUGGAUGGUGCCAGAGAGACAUCGUCACUGUGUGUGUUACAGCGCUGCUCACGGUGUGAGGCAGUUGGCUCCACCCUCGGCUGCUACAGUAAAGGCUGCACACUGAGAUAUCACUACCUGUGUGCCCUGGAAGCAGACUGCUCUCUAAACGAAGACAAUUUUUCAUUGCGAUGUCUGAAGCACAAGUUCCCUCUGAACAAUUCAACAGUGAAGCCAGUGUGUCCUGAACAGUCGGAGAGAGGAUGAUGUGCGAAGGAGGAGACAUUGAUGGCUGCGACUGGUGAGUGGGGACAGAAACGGCUGAGCAGUACUUUUGUGGAAAUGUCAAAAGAAGGGAACAGAUGACCAUGAAUGAAGAACAAUGAGUGAAAAGUUUGCUAAUAAUAAAAAAAAACACUCUUUGAAGAACAUUUAAAAAAGAACAUUUUUGGUAAAGAAGAAAGAACAUU